AUGAGAUUGCGUUUUGGAGGAUUAUUAUGCGGACUGCUUGCAGCAGCGCAGAUAGCAAAAUGCAUAUACAUGACGCACAAGGAGAUGCUGGAGUGCCAGAACAAGGAGGUGGGCCACGUGGGCGGAGAGCCCGUGUAUGUGAACACGUGCUGGGGCGGGCACCCGGUGUGCAUAGCGCAGAUUUGCCGGCUAGGGCAUGCGUACAAAAUGCGGGCGUACUCGUGCAAGGUGAACACAAGCUUCAGUCUGGUGCCGGACAGGCACUUAGACAAGCAUACGUAUACGAGAGAGCCGGAGAAGGACUGGGUGCAUUCGGGAAUGGCUGCUAGCGAUGGUGGAUACAGCGUGGAGUUUCACAGGGCGCUUCUGCAGAUGUUUGGGCUGCGGAAAUCUAGCGGGCCGGAGUACAACUGCCUGACGGUUGAGUGCGCGCGCGCAGGCUCUUUUAUUCAGUUCCUCCGGGAGGGCUGCAAGACGCAAACAGAGGCGCACUAUGUGCUGGCAGCGCUGCUGCUCCUGAGCGAGUGCGUCGACAUGCCGAUUGAGCUGGCCAAAGACAGGGUGACUAUAAGAAAAAGAAAAGGCAGCAAUGACGUGCUGGUUGAUGCCCGCAUAGGAGGGGCAGCUUUAGACGGUGUGGAAGGGCAGCUUUCCGAGGCUUGGCAGGUGAUAAACUUCUUCAAGCGGUACAGAGAUACACACAAGAUGCCAAGCAGGUAUGAGGGCUUCCAGUCGGGCGACUUUCUGGAGAGCCCGCAGCUCCUUAUUCUCACAUACGUAGGCGAGUACGUGAAAAACGCUGAGGAGCUCAUGUCUGUGAUGGAGUGUGCGUUCAAGCUUGUGGAGGGCAUGGGGCUGGCAGAAAGCUUAAAAGACGCGAACAGCGUGGCCGGGCGGAUGUUUGUGCCUGCGAGCCGUCUGCCCGAGGCCCAGGCGUAUCUCGCGCCGUUUCUAGAGACGUUUCCUGCUUUAGCGGCCUUGGAGUAUUUGGAAGAGUUUAAGCGCUUUCAAAACGAAGUAAGGAUGGCAGUCCAAAAAAAAGAUGUCUCAGACGGGGAGGAGGAGUACUUUGACGCCCGCGACACGAACUGCAGGUUUAUUGGGGCGUGCCUGCUAUUGCGGUUUCUUGCGUUUGACCCCGAAAAACGCGCGUACAGCCUGGAGGGCCUUCCUGGCGGGGCCGAGAACACGGAGGAGGUGGAGAAAACCAGGGCGCUUUUGCGUGAGCUGCACGCGUGCAUUGAAAAAAAGUGCUCCUCUUUCGGGCUUCCCAAUGUCACACAACAGCAGAGGUACAGGGACCUGUGGGUCAAGAUGAACACGCAGUUUAAGGAGGCGCUGGGGAAUGCCGCGCCAACGCUUUUAAACCAGAUGCGCGUGCUUGCGCAGAUGGCUGGGCGGCCGCAGGCCGUGGUGGACAAGCUGGCAGCAUACCAAGCGGCCAUGGACGCCAAAAGAAGCACAGAGCUGACCCCCGAGGCGAUCGAGUGCGUUCGGGUGCUGCUGUGGUCAAUCUCAGUAGACAAAGAUGUGGAGGUGACCAUUCAGAAGCAUUCGAAGGGCUCUGAGCACAAAGGCUAUUUUUUUAUAAUAAAGUAUGCGAAAUUCUGCGCGCGUACCAAGCAAAUUCUGGAUCUGUCGUUCCAUGAGAAUGGCUCCUCGAAGAUAUCUAUUUCGCUGCCAUGGCUUAACGCUUUUGACAGCUUGCAGAAUGAGCUGGACGUGGCGCCCGCAGAAUACAGGCAGCAUGAGCGGUUUUCGAGUUUUGUGCUUGCAGAGUGCAUGCACCAGAUGGCGAUAGGGAUAGCCGCGCAGAGCCUUUCAUACGCAAUAACCAAAGAGCUGCGGGAGGCCGCGAGAAAGGCUGUUGAGUACAGCGCGGACAGGCCGAAUAAGGUGCUUUUGGCGCUUCCGGUUUCGGGCAAGGACAUCAGGGAGGAUCUUGUCUCUGCGCUUGUGCUGUAUGCCGAACAGAACAAGAUUGCGCUGACUCCAGAACACCCAAUAAGCCGGCUGGCUGCAAACGUGAUAGGGAGCAUCGACCUUGGCGACAUGGCAGCGCAGUGUAGGGUCUUUGGAGUGCCUGUGGUCACCGGGACUCUGCAGAAAUUGUGUCCGACGGUGCAGCUUGCCAAACAGCUGCAUCAGGAUAUUUGGAGUUCGCAGAAAUUUGCCAAAUAUGACGGGCUGUAUUCCAUCGAAGAGGCGCGCGUGCUUACAUGCAAAAGCAUAAUGCAGUAUUUCCGGGAAUAA